UGCAGUUUUUCGAAUUACUUUAGUUUAGUAUAGUUUAAGCUUAGGUCUAAGGAUGGGUAUUCAUAAGUUACUUUUAAUUACCUUGGUGUGUGUGUUCCUAAAUUUAGUUGAGGCAAAACCGAAACUGCCCACGUUUAUGAAAGUAUGUCACCGUUCGGAUCCGAAUUUGAAAGACUGCAUCAAACAGUCGGUGGAGCAGCUGAGGCCUCUUUUGGCGAAGGGUAUUCCGGAGUUUGACAUUCCCAGUUGUGAACCACUAUGGAUCCCCGAAGUCUCCAUCGAUCAAGGAACGGGAUCCGUUGCCCUUCAGUCCAACUACAAGGACAUCAAAGUCUACGGACCCUCCAAGUUUGUGAUCAAGUUUGUCAAAAUUGAUGUGGACAAGAACAAGAUGAAGAUCAAGAUUUGGCUGCCACGACUCGAAAUCAACAGCAACUACACGAUGGAAGGUAGAAUUUUGAUGAUGCCAAUCCAAGGAACUGGAACAACCACAGGAAAUUACACCGACAUUGACGCGACAGUCUUGAUGCAAGGAGAAAGAGUGAAGAAAGGCGAAGAAACCUACUUCAACAUCAAAGACUUCACCGUCGAUUUCAAUAUUGGCAAAGCCGAAAUUCAAUUGAACAACUUGUUUAACGGUGACCAAGAAUUAGGGGAAGCCAUGAACCUGUUUUUGAAUGACAAUUGGAACCACGUUGCAAAUGAAAUAAAACCUGUUCUAGAAGACACCAUUGCGACACUUUUCAAGAAAUUCGCCAACAAAAUUUUCCACAAAUAUCCAUUGGAUCAGCUUUUGCCAGAAUAAUCCAUCGUUUUAGGGAUUAUGAUGAUAUAUUUAUUUGCGUUUACAUGGGUCUGUUAAUGAAGAAUAAAUUUUUUAAUGAUUGA